AUGGGUCUAGACGAAUCAAUUUAUGGUGCUGUUAAAUCAGCUCUCUUAUCUCGUGUUCCUUUGCCUACACUUGAAGAGGCAUACAACACUCUUUCUCAAGAUGAAGAAUCAAAACUUGUUGGAAGAAUGAAUGAGGAACGCAUUGAAGGUGUAAGUUUUGUUGUUCAGACAACCCAGCGUGGUGUCUCGGAUAACAGAGGUAACAAUUUGGUUGUGUGUACCUUCUGUAACAAAACAGGUCAUCUUGCUGAAAACUGUUUUCGGAAAAUCGAUUAUCCACCUUGGUUUGGCGAAAAGAAUAAAACCAAAUUUGGCUCUGCUUAUUCUCGCGGACCAGAAAACAAUGGAGGUGCUCGUGCCACUGCUGCGUCUUCAACCAAUACUCCUAAGGGUCGUGCUCCUGAGUCAGCUCGGGUAAAUCAUUACGAUGCGUCCCCAUUCAUCGGCGGACGCUUGUACGAAGUAGAAUCAUCCAAUCAUGCUGGUUCCAGAAGAUCUCAUUCCCUUGGAUUUAUGAAUCCAAACCCUGCCAAUUCUGCUGAACCAAAUGAACAAAGGGAGAGGGAAGAAGCUGCACAGAGGGAGAGGGCAGAAGUUGCACAGAGAGAGAGGGAACAAGCUGCACUCGCAGCACGUAAUGGUCGAGUGCUCCACCCAUCUCGAAAGAAUGGAGCCAAAUGGUUUGGAAUAGACAUUGAAGUGUCAACGAAAGUUAGAAAAAUCAUUGAAGGGUGUUUCAAAGGACCAUGGUACAGCUGGAAAAGAGUGCCCCAAUUUUAUAAAGCUGCAUGGUAUUCAACGUUCAAGACAAUUUAUGAGUGCGAUGUCUCAGUCGAACAUAUUGUUAAAGCCAACUUUGAUGACCUUGCUGCUACACGUCUCAAAAGAAUGAUUAUUGGAGGCACACCAAAAGCCAAAGAAAUAAGUGAGAAAGCUCGUUCUGCUCGACUGUUUAAUCAUGAUGGUUACGGCCCACAUCGACACAGAUCAGGUUCACGUUCGUAUGCCAAAGUUCAAGAUGUUCUGGAAGCAAAUAAUGAAGACUCUUCCUUCAUUGCUGUGAUGAAAAAAACACACCAAAAACCUGACGGAACCUAUGUUGAUGAAAGGGCACGAAUAAUUGCAGAAACAUAUGAUGAACAAAUCCUAGAGCGCUUGUCUGAGAUGGAGUCUUCCAACGGAGAAGCUUUGAUUGAUUCUCUUACCAUAGAGGAUAGAAAUGAAAUCUAUGUUAAGAUUGCUGGAAUAUCAAAACAAGGCCGUGUAUUUGGACUUGGAUCACUUCAAAGUGGGAUUCCUGUGUCUUUAAAUGGUUCGACUGUUUCCCCGCAAGCUACUGAAGAGGUGGGAACCUUAACUCGCCGGGUGGAAGAACUUGAAACCGAACUUGAAAAAAGUCGUAAUGAGAAUGCGCUGAUUCAGAAACGACUAGAAGGUGUGGAGAAAUUGGUAGAGACUCUUUUGGGUCAGCAUGUCUUUGGUUGCUUAUGGUUUUAG